UAUUUUAAGACUGAAGAACGGAAAAAUGAAUUAAACUAUGAGCAUAAUACUCCCGAGUCCUAACCUAAUUUCCCCUGAAAAAAUUCUCCAACUAAUUCUUCAAGCGAAUGCCACCGUGAAGAACACCGCGACGUAACAGAAUGUCUUCGCCGGAAAAUUCAACGGCGACGGUAGAUAGAAUCGGAACUUUACCAGACGAGAUUCUGAUUCACAUUCUCUCAUUCGUUCCCACCAAACAAGCCUUCACCACAUCCAUUCUCUCAAAGCGAUGGAUUCAUCUUUGGCGUUACGUUCCGAUUCUCGAUUUCACCGAAACCAAUUUGGAAGAUCGAGAUUCCGUCAUCCGCUUCGAAGAAUUCAUUUUUUCCGUCAUCCGCUCACGACAUUCCGCCGGUAAUCAUUCCAUCAACACUUUCAUCCUCGACAUUCAGCGCCAUUCAUCUCGUCUUCAUGCUCUCGUUUUCGGUAAUUCCAAUACAAUUGCACCUGAAUUUCCUAUUCCUAUCCUUGGUUCUACAACUCUCGUUGUUCUUAAGCUUGCUUCGUUCGAUAUGGGUGCGGAUUUGUUUCUUAAUUUGAUUACAUUACCUUCACUCAAAACCCUACAUUUGAAAAAUAUUAACUUUGAUCAAGAUGAACAUCUUUUACUGAUUCUACAGAAAUGUCCAAUUCUUGAAUAUCUUCAAUUAUCUAAUAUAUAUGGUCAUUCUUCCUACUAUUGGAUAAGCGAUGACAACACCUUAACUAAGUUGAAGAGAGCUGAUAUUACUAUCUGUUAUUGCUAUUUUCCGAUGAAAGCACUUUCGAAUUUGGAGUUUCUCCGCAUUCAACUAUCCGAGGAUUAUCACCCAUAUGACUUUCCUACAUUCAAUAAUUUGACUCAUUUGGUGGUCAACUAUGAUUGGGAUAUAGUUGUACAAGUGCUUCAGCAUUGUCCUAAGCUUCAAAGUCUCGACCUUUAUCAGAAGUUACAAGGUGAUUAUUGGAAGGAUGAUGAGGAUAUUGCAGAUGAUGAUCAAGAAAACUGGGCCUAUCCAAAAUCUGUUCCAACUUGCCUUUCAUUAAACCUCACGACUUGCACUAUGCGGGACUUUGCAUUUGCAGGCUUACAACGUAAUCAUGUUAUGUUAGCAAGGUUUAUUCUGAAGAAUGCAAAAGUUUUAGAAACUAUGACAAUUUGGUGCAGCAGAAAACGGUCUAAAAUAGAAAAACUAUUAUCUUCAUGUCCAAGGGCUUCUGCAAAAUGUCAACUUUCAAUUUAUUGAUAACAUAUAUGAUAUAAACUUUGUGAUUAAUAAUGUAGCUGCAUGUUCAUUUUAGGCACAAUAAAAGAACUAAGGAUAUAAGUUCCAAGGGCAUAAAAAUGAAACUAAGAACAAGUUAGAGAAAGUAUAUUUAUAUGUGGGUUUUGAGGAAGGAGAAAAUGGGUGAAAGACAUGGCUUUGGAUUGAAACCACAACAAGAAAGAGACUCCUUUUCAUCUGUAUUUAAUUAUUUGAUUGAUCUCUGGUUUGGUUCGCCCAAUGCAUGGCAAGCAAGUUACACAAACGUGCUUUUGGUUUGCUUGAGGAAGUUGUAUGUUAAUACCAUAAUAAAUAUGGGAUAAUACCCAGCUUUUCUUAGUGAUGUAGCAACCAUGAAUGGAAAGUUUCUUCCUAAUUUUAAAGGGUAGUGCAGUAGGCAUAGGCAGAUAAGCUUUUGGUUUCUAGGUUACUUUUGCAAUGUAAGAGACAAAUAUCAAACAUGUUGAAGAAGGUAGACACUAAGUGUAUGUUUGGAUCGGUGGCGAGUUCGGUAGAAUUUCGGUGUUACCUUGAUUUUGCCAAAUUCUCCACCAACUCAAACAUGUAUUAAGUGAUCAUGAAUAAAUUACAAUUAUGACUGCUAACGGUUAUACUAAGUGACCAUAUGGUUGCUAACGAUUGUGUCAGAGAUACAUAGUCUUUGCAUGUGAUAAGUAUUGAGUUUUGUCAUGCUUUGCUGUUUCCCCUUUUCCCUAAAUAAUGCAUUUUUUAAGGAUAUACUAUCACAAAAUUUGUGUGCAGAACUAGAUGUACAACUUUCCGUUUUUGUAAAGAAACAAAAGUAUUUUAGCAACUGAGAAAUAAGCAAUCUAAACAAAAUACAGAGUCUGAAUUACUUAGCUAUCCUUUUGAGCAAGCAGACUUCAUCUGACUUGGUAGCUAUUGGAAAUGAAAAGUCUUUAUGUUCGUAGUUGGAUGCCAUUCAGGUUGUAUAGUCGAGUCGUUUUAUCACGCAAGGAUAUUUAAAAGUAUUUUGGCAGGAAUAAAUUUUUAAAAAAUAUAAAUUAUAUAUUUAACAUCACGAAUUUAGAUCCCUUACCACGUUUGAAUGAGUUACUUUUAAAAAAAUAACAGUACUCUUGUAUAAUGUCAUUAAGGAUCCAUUGGAGGUGGUGGAUGAGAUUAAAGUUUUGUCAUGGAGAUGGGGUUUGUGUAGAAAGAGGUUGCCUUGUUGUCUAUUUUAUGAAUGGUCUUGAGACCUUUGUAACUGUUUGGUGAGAUAAGAGUUGGUUUCUACUUGUUGGCUGCUCCAAGGGUCUGGUGUUAUCUGUCAGUAGAUUGCUUUCCGUCAUUCUUCUGGUUUGGCGGUUUUAGUUUUAUUUGGCCGUGUGGUGGCUCUUUUUGGUGGCCGAUCGUAGUUGCUUGUGUUUGGGUGGGUUAGGUGUUGAGGGGGCUGCUUUGGCUGUUUUUUGUUUUGGUUGUAGUUGAUUUCCGGUUUGUUCUGUUUGUGUGUUUUCAUUAAUUGGCAGGGGGAGUCCAGUUUAUGUCACAUUACUGUUAUAGAUGUUCUAGUAACAUAGUUUACAAUUGAAAGAAAAAAGCGCUUGCUAGUCAAAUCUCACGUCAUGCUAGUCAAUUAGCACUAAUUUUGUGUUUGAUAUUUUAUAUUUGACUUUUUUGCUUUGAUUUCU